GGGAACCUCUGGGCGAAGGCGGGGCCAGGGCGGAGUUGGAGAAAGGGGUGAGACCUGAGUGUUGAAGACGGCUGGUAGACCAGGAGCCGGAAAAGUUUAGUAGUGAGGCCUGAAGAUCUGACGCUGCCAGGGAAGAGGGCGAGACUCAAAUGAUCGACACAGAGACAGGGGUCGGAGGGUUAGAGGCCUUACAGGCUCCUGAGCACAAUCAUCAUGAGUGAUGUGGCCUGAGUGACUGACAGGAAAGCGGGCAAGACCUGCGUCUUGGAGCCUAGAGACCGGGAACCUGGUCAAAGUGUAGGGAUGUGCCCUGAGGGACAAGUUGGGGUAGGGUGAGGGGACAGGGACAGAACCUUAGUACACUAAGAGAAUGGAGCCUAAGUGUCUGAACAGCAGCUGAAUGGGGCCAUGAGGAAGAAGGCAUGACGGUAGUUGAUUGGGGCUAUGGGGAAGAACGCUCGAGCUUCGAGAGUCAGUCCCCGACCUCCGUCAGAAAUGGGGAACAUGCAGUCGGAGCCGUCCGCGGGCGGGGGCUCCCGAAAAGAGCAAGCCUCGGACCGCUCCUCUGACUCCCGCCGGACGUCCCUGGUGGAGCCCGAGGUGACCCCCUCCUCCCCAGCCAUGCGCCUGGCUCGCGGGCUGGGCGUCUGGUUCCCUGGCAGCUCCGCGCCCCCGGGAAUCCUGGUACCCCCGGAGCCCCAGGCCUCAACCUCGCCCCUACCCCUGACCUUACAACUGCCCUCGCCAGUGACGCCCCUUUCAGAGGAGGCGGCUGCGGCCGCGGUCUCCACACCACCCCCGCCCCCCGUGGGGACCCUGCUGCCCGCGCCGUCUAAGUGGCGAAAACCCACAGGCACUCCGGUGCCCCGGAUCCGCGGUCUGCUGGAGGCGAGCCAUCGCGGCCAGGGCGAUCCUCCGAGCCUCCGUCCGCUGCCGCCGCCGCCCCGGCAACUAACUGGAGAGGACCCCAGCUCUAUCCCGAGGGCCCCAUCCCCUACUCAGCCGCCCUUGGAGCCGCGGAAGCUGCCACCACCGCCACCUUCCGACCGGCAGCCCCCGGACCACAGAAUCAUUCCUGCUCUGGCCACACCCGCCAGACCCCCCACAGAAAGCCAGGUCGGGUACGGCAGCGAGGGCCAGACGGCCGUUGGAGCCCGCAGAGGGGCGCCUCCCCAAGCGGGCGAGGGCGAAAUGGUCCGGCCUACAGUCUCCGAGUCCGGCUUGAGUCUGCUGUGUAAAGUCACCUUCAAGUCGGGGCCCACUUUGGCCCCUCCGGCAGCCUCGAGUUCCUUAGCGGCCAAAGCCUCGCUCAGGGGCGGCGGAGGCGGAGAACUCUUCGCUGCCGCCUCGGGUUCCAUCUCUUACGCUGAGGUCCUGAAGCAGGGGCCCCUGGCCCCUCGGGCCGCUCGACCCUCGGGGGAGGUCCCUCGGGGGACUCAGGAAGCAGAAGGCGGUGAUGGAGACCGCGAGGGGUGUUCUGGACCCCCCUCGGCGCCUGUGUCCCACGCCAGGACCCUUCCGCCGCCACCGUACACCACCUUUCCAGGCUCGAAGCCCAAAUUUGACUGGGUGAGCCCUCCCGACGGCCCCGAACGCCACUUCCGUUUCAAUGGAGCCGGCGGCGGUGUCGGGGUGCCCCGACGGCGGGCGGCCGCGCUCUCAGGGCCCUGGGGCUCCCCACCGCCUCCGCCAGGGCAGACGCACCCAGCUCCCGGGCCCCGGAGGCCUGCACCGGCCCUGCUGGCGCCGCCUAUGUUCAUCUUCCCGGCGCCCACCAAUGGCGAGCCUGUGAGCCCAGGGCCGGGAGGCCCACAGGAGGUGCCACCACCGCCGCCGCCGCCCACGCCACCACCCACGCCGCCUCCCGCGCCGCCGCCGACACCACAGCCGCCCGUGCUCCAGCUAACGCCGCUGCCAGUGGCCCGCCCUCCCACCCCACGCCCGGGCCACUUGGAGGCGGCGCCUCUGGCUCCCGCCCCGGCUCCCACUCUGCCCCUCGCCUUGGCUGCCGACCAGGCCCCGGCCCCGGCCCCGGCCCCGGCCCCGGCCCCGACCCCGGCCCCGGCCCCGGCCCCGGCCCCGGCUCCCACCAUAGCGGAGCCAACGCUGCCUGCGCCCGCGCCCAUCAAGGCCCGCACGCGCAGGAGCAAGGGUCCCCGCGCAGCCCGAGGCGCGUUCCGUGAGGAUGGCGCACCCGGAGAUGGUCCUCGUGAACGUACUGCAGCUACCGUGACGGACAGUGGUGGUGGAGCGGGUGGUGGCGGCGGGACGCCUCCAGCGGGAAUGGCUAACACGGGCACCACACGCCACUGGCCGCCCUUCCAGGUGCUUAACUCUUGUCCCUGCAAGUGUUACUGCCGCCACCAGCCGCGUCAUCGCCGUCUACCACGCAACGUGUCUGCCUGGCUGAGCACGCCCACCAACCACCUGAGUGAGCCACCCUGGGUUGCCACCAUCAAGCUGGCUGGCUCGCUGGUGGCCGGGCUGGAGCACUACGACUUGCAGGCCACCCAUUCCAACUGAGUGCAGUCUGCUCAGUGCCCUCUGCCUCCCACUCCUUGACAAUAAAAUAACCAUCCAGAUGUCUAGCUACCUGUCAGUCACU